CCUAACUUUCUCGCUCUGCCUUUGUCUCGUAGGAAAGAAAGUUGAGAGGGAAAAAAAAUGGAGAAUGGAAUUCCAGAAAAUCCUGUUGUCCUCCCUUCGAAACGAAAAUGUACAGAAGAUCAAGAAAUCGAAGAUCUAAACAAGAAAAACAAACCAGAAAUCGUCAACGACGGCGGAGAAAAGAAUCAAAACAGCGAAGAAAAAACUUUAAAUGGUCUAGAAGAAAAUCAUGAAAAAGGAGAAGAAGAAGAAGUGAAUGGGAAAGGAAAAGGGGUUAUGAUUAGUAGAGAAGAUAAAGGGAAGGGGAAAUUAUUUGUUGAAGAUGAUGGCGAAGAAGAGGUUGUUGUUGAUAGGAAAGGGAAAGGGAAAAUGAUAGUUGAAGAUGAGGAUGAUGAGGAUGAUAGCGAUGACGACGAUGAUGAUGAGUUUGGUGGCGGGGAGUUGUCUGAUAUAGAUAGUGAUUUAUCUGAUGAUCCACUUGCUGAAGUUGAUCUUGAUAAUAUACUACCUUCACGAACUAGAAGACGUGUUGUUCCACCACCUGAGGAGUAUCGUGUUGAUGAUUUGGAUGAUGAAGAUGAUAGUGAUGAUAGCGAUGCUUGACAAGGCUUUACGGCAUCGAAGGAGAUUGUUGCUGCCCCAGUUGCAAAUGGACGAUAAUUUAUCUGAAUCCUUAUUUUUCUAGCUCAUAAUAGAAUAGGGUUAUAGUUUAUGGUAUAGUAGAUUAGCGUUAAUGAUAUAUAAACUGAUGAAAAAGUGGCCCUUCUUAAUUUUUGGUGUUAGCACUUACACUUGGAAGAGCCACGGAUUGCCUUAACCAAACAUCAAGGUUAAAAACCAUGUAUUUAACAGGUUUAACCAACUCUGUGCAAAGAAGAUGAGCUUUUCAUUAGCA